GUUCCUGCUUAGUUUGCAUGAUUCAUUAUUACUCUCCACUUCAGGCUUUUAACAAAUCUGUUGAAAUGAGGAAAUUGUUUCUGCUGAGAAAGUACUCAUUGAGGCUGGUGAGGCGCUCCGAUCAGUCAGAAUGGAAAUGGGUGACUCUGAGACGGACCGAACUCUGGUUGUGAAAAAUGCUCUGGUCUGCACUGUCCUGGGCUUGGCUUCCGUUCUGGGCAUCCCGGGGAACGGAAUGGUCAUCUGGAUUAUCCUUUUCCACAUGCGGAGGCAGAGAUCGCCGACGGUGGUGCUGCUACUGAACCUGGCCAUCGCUGACGUGCUGGUGCUGGCCACCUUGCCUCUGUGGAUCUACAGCUUUGUGCACGGCUGGCCGUUCGGGCAGACCUUCUGCAAGCUCCUCACCUUCGUGGUCCACUGCAACAUGUACGUCAGCAUCUUCCUCAUCACGGUGAUGAGCGCCGAGCGCUUCAUGGCCGUCCUCUACCCGUUCAGCUCGCAGCGAUGGCGCACGGUGGCCGUGGUGCGUGCGAUGGUGCUGCUCGCCUGGCUGCUGGCUUCACUCUUUGCCAUCCCAGUGCUGGUGUACCAGGUACUGGACGCCGAUGAACACGGGCAGGAUCAAUGCAUGUAUGGCACCUUCAGCUCGGACGAGCAGGAGAUUCUGUGCACAAUGAUACAAUUCCUCGUGGCUUUUGCCAUCCCCUUUUCCAUGAUGUCCGUUUUCUACUUUUGUAUCGGGCGGAAACUGAGAGGCAUGACUUUUAAACGGCAGUCCAGGACAGGGAUGGUGAUUGGCACCGUGGUGAUUGUGUUCUUCGUUUGCUGGAUGCCUUACCAUGUGGUAAACCUGAUCUCGCUCGCAGCAAUGAUGCUCAAGACAAACGAGACGGUUUCCGACACGUUAACGGACAUCUAUAACUAUGGCUUCCUGUUCGCUGGGGCGUUGGUUUUCUUCAACAGCUGCGCCAACCCGAUCAUUUAUGCUUUUGCCGCCCGGAGUAUCCGAGAUGGCUUUCACAUGUCGGCCUUUGGCACGUUUUUUGACCAGAUGACCAACUCUGUCAAAGAAGAAUCGAGGAAAAGAAGCAAGGACACUUCAAAAGCCAACGAGAGCUACACUUUGCAAGAGUUGCACUCCAGCCAGAAUAACUGAGCUGGUUUUCAUCCAAACACACGUAGCGGUAAAACAUUUUAUUCACAGUAUCCUCGCGCUUUUCCCUUCCCUGGUUUUACUUUGUGACUACCUGCCAUGUAAUAAAAGCAGUGGACUUCAAGAAUCAAAAGUCAGGAGUGUUUUAUUGUCAUAUGCAGCGAAACGGAAUAAAGGAAAUUCUUACUCUUAUGGUGGCACAAUGGUGGUUGCUGCCUCAUAGCACCGGAGACCCAGGUUCGAUCCUGACUACAGGUGCUGUCUGCGCAGAGUUUGUACGUUCUCACUGUGACCCGCGUGGGUUUUCUCCGGGUGCUCUGGUCUCCUCCCACACUCCAAAGAC